AUGAAUAAGAUAGUACAAUUACAUUGUGUAGCACAGAAUUAUAAUUGGGGUAAAUACGGUGCUGAUAGUGCUGUAGCUAAACUAUUACAAGUUAGUGAUGAUGAUCAAUCUACUCCUUAUGCAGAACUAUGGAUGGGAGCACAUCCAUCAGGACCAUCAAAAGUAGAAAUAGAGAAUCAUAAACUUGUACCACUAAAAGAAUAUAUAGAAAUGAAUGGAGGUAGUGAAAAGCUGCUUGGUAGCAAGGUAGUUGAAAGAUUCGGUCAAGAUUUUCCUUUUCUUUUUAAAGUCUUGUCCAUUAGAACUGCUCUAUCUAUUCAAUCUCAUCCCGAUUCUAAAUUGGCCAAACAAUUACAUUCUUCUUUUCCCGAUAUUUACAAGGACCCAUAUCAUAAACCAGAGAUUGCAAUUGCUUUAACUCCAUUUAAAGCAUUAUGUAGUUUUAGAAAACUAUCUGAAAUAUUAGAAUUUAUUGAUAAUGUAAAGGAAUUAAAAGAUACCAUUUCAUCUCAACUUGAUUUAAAUCAAGUAAACAAAAAUAAUUGUAAUUUAUAUCUUCAAUCAAUUGUAACAGCAUUAUUACAAGCUGAUAGUACAUUGGUAGCAAAUCAAUUAUUAUUAUUGACCAAUAGAUUGGAAAAAGAAAGAGAUGGCAACAACAAAUUGAAUCAAUUAAUAUUAACAUUACAUCAACAAUAUGUUGGUGAUGUUGGUGUAUUCUUUGCCUAUCUUUUAAAUUAUAUGGAGAUGCAACCUGGAGAGGCAUUGUAUCUUCCUGCAGGUGAACCACAUGCUUAUAUUGCAGGUGAUUGUAUCGAAUGUAUGGCACCAAGUGAUAAUGUAGUGCGUGCAGGUCUCACACCCAAACUAAAGGACUGGAAGACACUGGCUCAAAUGCUAACCUAUACCACUGGAUGUCCCAGCUAUGUAACACCAACAACCCAUGAAUCCAACGGUGUCAAAUCAUGUCUCUUUCAACCACCAGUCGAUGAGUUUGAAGUUGAACGCAUCCAAUUAUCACCAUCAUCCUCUUACACUUCUACACAUCAAUCUCCAUCCAUUGUAUUACUAACAGAUUCUUCUGUAACCAUCAACAAAACAAAUUAUAACUCUUCUUCUUCUUCCUCAAACCCAACAAUACUACGUCAAGGUACUGUUUUAUUUGUUCCUUGCAAUACUGAAUUAAAGAUUGAAAAUCAAAAUCAAUCAACUGAUUCAACUCUAUUUAUUGCUAGAGUCAAUAAACAUCAAUAUGUCGAUUCGAUGAUGAUAUUUUCAAAGAUGAUGAAUGCAGCAGUAUUACAUAAAGCAGGAGUUCCUGUUUAUGAAACAUUCCCAAUCCCUCAAGUAUCAAAUCCAGAAGAAGAGGUGAUUGCCGAUGUAUUGGCAUCGAGUAUCAAACAAUUAGAUAUUGGUAAAGCUAGUGGAAGACAUUACCUCUCAUACAAGACAUUCCCAACUACCGUAGGUGUUGAUGGUAUUGCUCGUUUGGAUGAUGGUAGAUUAGUCUAUGCUAUGGGUAUUACUGGUAUGUUUGCUGAAAAGGCAUUGCUUAAAAAGGAUAAAUGGGUUGUAUUGGAUCAAGAAAAUACUUCAAAUGUUGUUGCUGCUGCUUCUGUACCAAAUGCUAUUUUAGGUGCUGGAAUGGCAUUAAAUAUUAGAGGACAAUUUAAAAAAGGAAAUGUUGUAUUUGUAAAUGGAGCAACUGGAUUUACAGGUAAAGUAGCAGUUCAACUUGCAAAGAUAUCGGGUGCAGCUUAUGUAGUUGCAUCUGGACGUAAUGAAAACACAUUAAAAGAGAUGAAGGAAAAGUAUGGAAUCGAUGACUAUGUAGUACUAGGUGACAAUGAAGAGGCAUUUACUCAAAAGGUAAAGGAAAUACAUUCAAAACAUCCAUUUGAUGUUGUCAUUGAUUAUCUUUGGGGUCGUCCAGCUGAAUUGGUUUUAGAUGUAUUGGCAGCUGCUCCCAAACACACCGUAGACAAUAUCAUUAGAUAUGUUACCGUCGGUGAAAUGGCAGGUUCGAGUGUACCCAUCAAAUCAGCCUAUCUACGUUCUUCGGGUCUUGAAAUUGUUGGGUCUGGUUUUGGAUCAUUCCCACCAGGUGAAAUUGAACGUUAUCUCAAACAACACCUAAACUCUAUACUGUCACUUGUCAAUCAAGAUUAG